AUGUCAUAUCGUCCAUCUUUAUUUACAGUGUGUGGUUUGACAGCAGCUCCACCUGCUGGUCAGGAGGAGCUUUCAUUCAAUUUGAUUUGUCUCCAGAUAUUCAGUCUUUGUUUCUCUCUAAUUUCCAUCCUCCUCUUCUCUUUCUCUCCUCUUCUUCCUCUCCUCUCCUCCUCCUUCUCCUCCUCCUCCUCCUCUUCUCUUUCUCUCCUCUUCUUCCUCUCCUCGUCUCGUCUCAUCUCCUCCUCCUUCUCCUUCUCCUCCUCCUCCUCCUCUUCUCUUUCGCUCCUCUUCUUCCUCUCCUUGUCUCGUCUCAUCUCCUCCUCCUUCUCCUCCUCCUCCUCUUCUCUUUCUCUCCUCUUCUUCCUCUCCUCUCCUCCUCCUUCUCCUCCUCCUCCUCCUCUUCUCUUUCUCUCCUCUUCUUCCUCUCCUCGUCUCGUCUCAUCUCCUCCUCCUUCUCCUUCUCCUCCUCCUCCUCCUCUUCUCUUUCGCUCCUCUUCUUCCUCUCCUUGUCUCGGCUCAUCUCCUCCUCCUUCUCCUCCUCCUCCUCCUUUUCUCUUUCUCUCCUCUUCUUACUCUCCUUGUCCCGCUCAUCUCCUCCUCCUCUUACUCUUCUUCUCUUUCUCUCCUCUUCUUCCUCUCCUCAUCUCGUCUCCUCCUCCUCUUCUCUUUCUCUCCUCUUCUUCCUCUCCUCGUGUCGUCUACUCCUCCUCCUCCUCCUCCUCCUCCUUUUCUCUUUCUCUCCUCUUCUUACUCUCCUUGUCUCCUCGUCUCCUCCUCCUCCUCCUCAUCCUCUUCUCCUUCUCUCCUCUUCUUCCUCUCCUCAUCUCGUCUCCUCCUCCUCCUCCUCUUCUCUUUCUCUCCUCUUCUUCCUCUCCUUGUGUCGUCUACUCCUCCUCCUCCUCCUCCUCCUCCUCCUCCUCCUCCUCCUCCUCCUUUUCUCUUUCACUCCUCUUCUUACUCUCCUUGUCUCCUCCUCCUCCUCCUCCUCCACCUCCUUUUCUCUUUCUCUCCUCUUCUUACUCUCCUUGUCUCCUCGUCUCCUCGUCUCCUCGUCUCCUCCUCCUCCUCUUCUCCUUCUCUCCUCUUCUUCCUCUCCUCAUCUCGUCUGCUCCUCCUCCUCCUCCUCCAUCAGACUACAGACCAGAGGUUGAUAAAGGUUAGCCUGUGUGUGUCUGUGUGUGUUUCUGUGUGUGUGAAUGUGCACGCCAUUUUCUACUUGGUGGUUAAGGCUCAGUUUCAGAGAGCUUGAGGGGAUUUUAUAGUGUGUGUGUGUGUAUGUACAUGUGUAUGUGUGCUUGUGUGUGUGUUUGCUGUGUGUGUGUGUGUGUGUGUGUGUGUGUGCAUGUGUGUGUAUUUGUAAUGCGGCAGAGGAGAAUGGGUUCAUAUGAGGAGACGGACACUGCAGAGACUGGGCCACAUGUGUGCAGUUGCAUGUGUGUGUCUGUGUGUUCAGUGUAUAGCAUUGACAGGGGUGGGAGGGGCUCUGAGCUGUCCUCAGAUGACACACCCAGAGAAGCUGCUGUGUGUGUGCACAGGUGGGCGGGGCUACCAGUUGUCAUCCCCACAUGUCCCCCGAAGACGUCCGACCCUGUGAGGAUCUGUUAUUUUUUGCAUCACUUCCUUUUCCUGUUGCUCAUUAGCUUCUGUGUAUUUAAAGUCCAGCUCUUCACUUCCUUUGUGGUCUUCUUCUUCAUGUCCUUCAUUCCAGCGUCACUUUUCUUGUGAGUAUUGUUGAUCCAGACUUGGACCUGGACUGUCUUUUGGAUUUUUUGUAGUGUUCCUGAUGUUUUGUUUGUGUGUUUGAAAUAAUUUGCUGCCAAAAGGAAUAAAAGGGGGUCAACGAAUUGUAAAGGAG